AUGAUCUAUCAAACAAGCCGAAGCGCGAUACGCAACCUCGUCGCUGCCAACAAGAUCCCUUCAACUUUGUUGCGGCGAGGCUUAGCAUCCUCUGUGCGUCUCUGCAGCUAUGCGGACACAAUUCCUAACCUCGCCGCCGGUCCACACUCCAACGUCAUCGUCCAAGGUUUCACCGGCAAAGCCUCCACCGUGCACACCCAGAUCUCCCUCGACAUGGGCACCAAUGUCGUCGCCGGCGUCUCUCCCGGCAAAGGCGGCUCCAAACACCUCGGUGGCCGACCUGUCUUCAACUCGGUUGCCGAAGUCCUCGACGCCGGCAUUCGUGUCGAUGCCACCUCCGUCUUCGUUCCGCCCGCACUGGCAGCCGACGCUAUCAUCGAAGCCAUCAAAGCCGAGAUCCCUCUCAUCGUCAGCGUCGCCGAAGGUGUACCCGUCAAAGAUCAGUUUCGCGUUAUGGAGGUGCUGCAUUCGCAGUCCAAGUCGAGGUUGGUCGGAGCGAACAGUCCGGGGUAUUGCAACCCAAGGGGAUGCAGGAUGGGAAUUGCACCCAUGAUCACCUGUGCUCCUGGUCCGGUCGGGAUCGCUUCGAGAUCAGGCACGCUGUCGUACGAAGCUGCGUAUGCGACCAAAAGUUUGGGUCAGUCGUACAUCCUAGGUCUCGGAGGCGAUUUCUACCCGGGAACUCGUACCGUGGAAGCACUCGAGUUCUUGUUCAACGACAAAGAUACCCAAGCCAUCGUUCUCGCAGGUGAGAUCGGAGGUACGAUGGAGGAGGAAGUCUACACGCUUCUCAACGACCCCAAUUGCAAGUACAGGCAGAAAGAUGAUAAGGACAAGUUCGUCAAACCCAUCGUAGGCUUCAUCGCCGGUCUCAACACUCCUCCAGGUCAGAUGUUCGGCCAUGCAGGAGCCAUCUGGAGAGACGACACGAGCAGUGCCGUAGAGAAGAAGAUGAUGUGGAACGAUGUGGGCAUUCGAAUGGCCGAUGCAAUUGCUGAUGUCGGAAAGUUGAUUCAGCAAGAGAUGGAUAGGUACGGAGUCAAGGCGAAUAAGCAGUAG